AAAUUCAAGAAUCAGCAGCACAGUCUCUGUUUACUCUUGUACAAGUCCACCGUCUGAAUCAAGAAAAUGGAAGAAGAUGAAUUUCAACGCCUCCUUAAUCUCUUCCCCCUUGUCCGACCCAGCAAUUAUCAUAUUGAUUUAGACCCAUCAAAGCAAUCAACUUCUAAACCACCACUUAAUCAGGUGAAGAAGUGGGAGGAUGCUUUGGAGGAGCCACCCGAAAAAGGGGAGUCUAGUAAUAACAGAAGGGAAAUUCAGACUCAGCCUGGUGAUUCAAGUGAAACAUUCUGGGAGAAGCUAAGGGUAGCAGCUGAGAGUAAGGUCGGUGCCGCCGAGGCCAAGAAAUUUUGCAAUGCUUUUCAACAAGUUCACAAGCGACUGGUAUACGAAGAGCUGAGCUCGGAUGGUGCUCGCAGGUUUAUAAACUCAACAGAGAGGUCGAAAGAGCAAUUUUCUUCCUAGAUGUUCAUUUUAUUGUUAUGCUUGUUUUUGCUUAGCUAAAAAAAAUUCCUAAUCUAAACCUUAGAAACCUGAUAUUGAUCAUUGAUUUGGUUGGUCUUUUACUCUUGAAAUCAGUAGAUUCUCUUUCAUUUCCCUUUUACAAGUGAAAUCCAUUAA